AUGUUAUCUGCUCCCGUUAAGUCGGCGAAGCGUAUCUCUUCCCUCUUUUCUCUCGGCUCGUCCAAGGACCAAAAUGCGCCGCCGGUUCCAUCAUCGCCGGGGUUGAACGGUGCCUCAGAGAGUACCACAGGCCGGAGACGGCGCAGCAGCUCGCGACCAACUCGCCAUGUUUCUACACCCGCCGCGGUAUACACCGAGCCGAGAACGAUCCCCAACCCCAACCCGUCGGAUUACGACCUUAAAAGCCUUCCGCCUCCACCGUCAUUGCUCGCUCUAAACCAAGAGCUAGCCACUAGCCCGUCCGGUUCUCCGACCGACUCCCGCCCACACAGCCGGGGUCGAGACUCGACCCGACCUCCGAGCUCGGCUGGUUUGGCCGUCCCCCGCUCUAACCCCGAGUCUCGCCCUGACACUCCUUCGAAGCGCAAGAGCUGGAUGCCCGGGAUGAUGGGUCGUUCGAGAGCAAGCUCGGUGGACAAGCGGAUUCCAACACCGUCACUACCUAGCGCGUGGAUUGCCGGCUUGGAUCAGAAAGUGCUUUACGAUUUAGAGCCGUUGGCGAGAGGUGGCCAGAUCCCCGAGCUCUGGAACGAGGACGGCGACACAUUCGUUUACCUCUUUCCUCAAAAUACCGGACGAGCUCCUUCGUUCAAGGUCAACUCGACCAUCUUUGCCGAAUCGCCCUCUCUGACAUACCUAGCUCGUGGAACGGAUUCAAAACAAUCGCACCUGGAGCGGUCUACAGGCGAGCUGUCGCUUCGAAACCCGGCCUCGCCACCAUUGAGUCCGUAUGAGCGGUUGGCGGAUGAAGACGACAAUGGUAGUUCCGGAACCCAGCGGCUGGCAUUCGUGGAUGAUGGAAAUGACGAAGUCCAGGAGCUGCACCUCUACCUACCCAUCCCCCUGAACAGCGAUGUGUCGGCGCCAAACUCCAAGAUCAUGCCGGAUGAUUUGGACACCUUGCUUCUCUUUCGCAACCUGUUUGCCUUUUUAUUGGGCCAAUCUCUGAUCGCAACACCCAAGUCGGGCUCCCUUUUCAGCAUCUUCAUGGAUGUCGCGGUUCUCCUCUCUCGAUUCGAGUUUUCCAACCUGGAUGGAUCCAACUUUGGCGAAACGGCCACCUCCAGCUUCAGCAAUUACUGCGACGAAUUGCGCCUGGCAGACGUGCGAAAGAGUCGCGAAAAGACGAUUGAAGCAAUUGUCCUUGGCGAGCGCCUUCGCUACUAUCCGCUUUACCUCGAAGGAUUCGUCCAUGGAGUCGGCAAGCUAGACGAGCUGAAGCAACUUCGGAGCCCCAAGUACAACUUCAUUCACCCUAUCACCCAAAAGCGCCUGGAACGUGGCUUUAUCGAUCUCGACUCCCGGCUGCGGAGUUUGUACGGAAAGUUGGAGGACUUUGAUUUCCCCUCGGUCUUCUCUGGUUUCGCCAACUCGACCACUUCCGAAGAAAGUAAGGUCAUCCGGUUUAAGAAUUGGAAGGCCAGCUUCCAAGAAUUCCGGCGCUUUACCAUCAGCUACUAUCGCACCAAGUACGGUGCCUGGCCUCCCAAGGCUCGAUCCAAGAAGAACACGUUCGAAGAGAGUGGACUCAACCGCCAGUUGCUUUUGGACCUGUAUGGUGAUUUCACCGAUUUGUAUGACCUGCUCGUCGAUCGCACCAAUUUGACCACCCGAACCAUCGACUCGUCCGGGCCUGGCGGCGAUCCGGCUGCGGAAGACACCAAGACCAUCGUGAUCCGUGCCCUUCGGCACGUGCUGAGCGAGUAUGAUCGCAGCACGCCCCCCGUCGCCCCCCCCAUUCCCUUUGAUGUGCCGCAGCUGCCUUCUGUGCAUGGUUUCCACCGCAAGCCCAUGGAUCCCAAGAAAGAAGCCAAGUACCGGACCAAAAAGCUCAAAACCUCCGAUGUGAAUGCCGUUCUCAUGGAUUCCUACACCCGUGAAAGCAUGCGGCCGACUCCGUUCAUCGAGAGCUUCACUCAAUUUGAGCGUCGGUGUGCCAAUGGGAAAAGCGUGGAAGAUAUGCUGGAGCUACGCUGUGGACAGUGGAUCUUCCUCUAUGCUGUUCUCCAAUCCCUUCCCAUGCUUGUGGUGGAUGUUCCUGACAUUCGCUAUACCGAUGGGGUGGAGUACUUUUUGUGCGUUGCUCCUCGCGGUGGUGCCCCAUGGAUCCACAAUGACACCAAGACUGCGCGGCUUGGUUCGGCGUUGCUGGCGGAGCAGGUGUCUCAUUGUUGGCAAGUGGCCGAGCAAUGGGCUGAGGCGGGUGCUCUCAUCGAUCCACCGAUGAUGGAGGACGCAUACGAAGAGGAUGAAUCUUCUCUAUCAUAUCCCUACCCGGGCCAGCAUUCCUCUGGAGGAUCCUCUUCUGAGCCUCGUCCGCCAUCAAUGGUCGGCCACCCCCCCGGCGGCCUGACUCCUCCUCCCCCAGCGGUCCCCCGCCACCGAUCCUCCAGUACCGCUGCACGACCAGAGCAUCGCCAGUCCAUCUAUCCGGGUCUGGAGGCUUUGCCGCUUCCUGCGGGUAUCGCUCCUCUUGAGCCCCCGAAUCGGCCGAUCAGUCGAUUCAACCCCAACAUGAGCUUCGAUGACAUUUUGAAGGAGGUACCCAAGAAGGAUAAGAAGAAGCACUGA